CCGCGGGCGGAAGUGCCGCCGCCGGAACCGGAAGCGCGUCGCCCCGCGGCGGUGUCGGCGUCGCGUCUGGCGGCGGGGAAGGGCGCGGCUGCGCGGCCAUGGAGGCUCCGGGGAAGGGCGGCCUCGUCCUCGGCAACCUGGCCGAGGUGGUGGAGCGCGUGCUCGGCUUCCUGCCCACCAAGGCGCUGCUGCGCGCCGCCUGCGUGUGCCGGCUGUGGAGGGAGUGCGCGCGGCGGAUCCUGCGCACGCGGCAGCGCCUCGCUUGGGUGUCGGCGCUGGAGCCCGGCCCGCCCGGCGGCCACGCGCUGGUGCAGGCGUUGGCCCGAGAGCUCGAGAGGGUGCACGUCCUGCCCCAGACCGUGCUCUACAUCGCCGACGCGGAGACGUUCAGCGGGCACGAGGAGUGCCACGAGCACAAGAAAGCCAGAAAAAGAAACAGUAAGGAAACAGCCGCUGCGAUUGAAAAACUGUUGCCAAAGCGAUGUCAAGUCCUCGGACUGCUCACCCCGGGGAUCGUAGUUACCCCUAUGGGUUCAAGCAGCAAUCAACCUCAAGAAAUUGAAGAUGGUGAAGCUGGGUUUGCUCUUUUGUUUCCCAAAAUUGAUGGGGUAAAAAUCCAAACCUUCCAUUUUCCUAAAGAAGUAAAGAAUAGGGUCAUUGAUGAAAAUAAGUUUGCUGAAGCAGGCCUGAAGAAUAAUCCAGAUCUUCGUGUGGUUCUUCUGUUUGGUUACAACUCCUGGAAGGCUGGAGCUACUCGGUUUCUUCAUCAAAUAGUCAAUCCUUUAAAUGAAAAAAGUAUCAUCCUAGCCGGGGGACAAGUGGAGAGCUUUACAUCGCUGAUCUCUGAGAAUAACACCGCCCAGCCCAGCGAUGCCUGCGGUGUGGUGGGGCUGGCUUUCAGCGGUCCCCAGAUCCAGAGCGCGACGGUUUUGUUAGACCAGGACGUCGCUGAUGAGAGGACAGCAGAAGCCGCCAUGCAGCGUCUGAAAGCAGCAAACAUCCCCGAGUGUAACACCAUUGGCUUCAUGUUCGCCUGUGUUGGCAGAGGAUAUCGGCAUUAUAAAACCAAGAGGAACAUGGAAGCGGAUGCUUUUAGGAAGUUUUUUCCAAAUGUUCCCCUAUUUGGCUUUUUCGGACAUGGGGAAAUAGGAUGCGAUCGAAUAGUUACUGGGAAUUUCGUGUUAAGAGAAUGUAAUGAUGUAAAGGAUGACCUUCUUCAUGGUUACACCACCGUUAUGACUCUCAUUCAUCUUGGUUCAACUAAAGCAAACCAGGCGUAAACGUGGUUGUGAUGCAUCAGUGAGCUGCUCAUCGCGGAAGACUGAGAAGUCCAGAAGAAUGGACGUCUUGCAGUCCAUGCACUUUCUAAAACAUAAACACCAUUUUCCUGAUAUUAUCAAGCCCUGUAGUUGGAACAGAGUUUAAUGUAAUAGCUGUGAGGAAGCUUUGCCUUUUGUUAAUCCCCUGCACGUGCCGAAAUUGCAGGGAAAUGAUAUUUUAUGGAGUUCUGCACUUGAAGAAAGCCUUUUUUUUCCUAAAAUGAGAACAGUUUGCACAAGUGGCGGUCAGAGGCCAAGGAAUCAACGUGCAGAAAUAGUACUUUGACGUGCUCUGCUUGUGUGUGCAACACAGUCCAGAAAAACCAUCAGUGUGUGCUGAAAUACUGAUGCAUAAAAUCCACCUCUUCCUGGGUUUUAAGAGUGACGCACAACCUGCCCAGACUGGAGCCCUAUUUACAAACCUGAAUAGUUUGCUAGGUAAAAUUCAAGGAAAUCUUUAGGGAAAAAAACAAGAAAGUGCUCAUUAAAUAAAGACAACGUUAUGGAAAUGCCCCCUGCUUUCUGGUCUUAGAGAAAAAAGCUCUGAUCUAGUGAGGUGCUGCCAGCUUUGAAGUUCAACUCAUUUCACCGCCUUGGACUAAAUUUCACUCAUCUUAAAUGUUUGAUUUAGAACAAUCCCUGAUACGUUGUGUCUACCAGCAGUUUUAGUCUUUGUGUACAGUAGUUUUCACCACCAGAGUGGACUGCUUGUCCUUCCUUUUGGAUUCUCUUGUAGCGUGGUCUCUGGUACAAACUUUCAAAUCCACAGUACACAAAAAUGGAGACUCUAACUGGUGUUUUUAAGAAGGUUUUUGCUUUUUAAUAUGAAAUUCUGGGCCACACAAGACCUGGCGAUGUUCUUUUUGUCUCGAGCCUCUAAGGCUUGUGCUUCUGCGUGUUCUGUGAGCUGAAGCUUUUACAUCAGUCAUCUAUUUUGGGUGCUGCAGCGGGAAGGUAGUGUUACAAAGUUCACGUAGGUUCUUUCAUCAUAUUCUCAGCGUCGCUCAUAAUAUAGCUGCUCGCUUAUAAGUUCUUUUCUCCCUUUUACUUUCACUUAGCAACAGAAUGACAAGAAAGUAAGAUUUAUUUGGCCCCAUUUCAUCAUGCUUCAGAAUGCCUCUUCGGGCAUCUGCCCUGUUCUCAGUUUAGUAAGAAGAAAAUACUUGGCUGCAUAUUGUACAACAAAACGACUACGUGUUGCUGUCCGUGUAACAGUCGAGACUGCACUUGGCAACUUCUCCUCAGUGUGUCCAUGCUGUUCUCAGUUGGAAGAGGCCUCAUGAGUGGGGAGAGGUUUUCCUGUCUUGCACCUGUCCUGCACCAGAGCAGAACUGUUUUCAGUGGGUGCUAAGCACAGGCUGUUCUUUCCCGCUGCUCAGUUGGUGGUGAUGUGUUUUAACUCAAAGACAUAGGAUGUGAACUCCCAGUGGCCUUCUUGCCAGGGACAGGAGAUCAGUAACGGUGGGUGUGAUUGGAAGAGCAUUAAUUACUGCAUUUGGAAGAAGAAGUUGGGAAUUCAGUGUGCUUGAAUGUAAGGGGAGGACAGGGAGAUGCAUGUUUUCUCUUUGCAGCGUAACAGGAACGUCACGUUUGGCCCUUUCUGACUGUGUAGCAUUACAUACUUAACAGUAGGCAAAGAAUGUGUUUCAUUUCUGUAAUACAGACAGGACUUCUGUAAUAGUUACCAUGAGUGUGGUCUAGCCACCAGCACAGCUGUUAGCGUCGGCCUGUCAGCUUCAGCUGACUUUUUGCUGCAGCACAAGUAAACAAGUGUUACCAACCACACUUCUGGAUCAAGAGUGCAAGCACAUCCCAGAGUGUCCCAAGCAGCAGCUUGUGAGUUUCAACCGUGGCACGACAAAGCAGAAAAUGAGAAUGCAGUUUGAAGGAGCUCGUUGUCGGGGAGGCUUCUCAGCCCAGCCCUUCAGCUGAAGGCACUCGUGAGUGUUGGAGGAAACCACAGCACGAAGAAGCCUCUGCAGGGGAGAUCCCAAGAGCUUGCACCAGCAUCCAGGAUCACCGCCACCACCGGGGAAGGGGGAAGAGCCCGGAGCUCUCCAGAGACGUGCACUGCCCAGCUGGCAUCGCCGCGCCGCUCCCCUGGGCCGCGUCAUCUCUCCCGUGUGCCGGGGAAGCGGUGCGGUACAAAAUAUUGCUACGUAUUUGAUUAAAGUGUUUUGGUAUCCAGAUUCA